AUUUCUAGCGGGCUGUUACACAUCCCUACUUCUUUAGGAAAUUUGAGAAAUCUUACCCUUCUGUAUCUUUGGGGUAAUAAGCUUUCUGGUUCCAUUCCUGAAGAACUAGGUUGCCUAAAUUCUCUAACCAGCCUUUCUCUUUCCCAAAAUAGUUUAGAAGGUCCCAUCCCGACUUCUUUAGGAAAUUUGAGAAAUCUUACCCACUUGAAUUUUUUGGGAAAUAAACUUUCUGAUUCCAUUCCUGAAGAACUAGGUCGCCUCAUUUCUCUAACCAACCUAUCCCUUUCCCAAAACUGUUUAGAAGGUCCCAUCCCGACUUCUUUAGGAAAUUUGAGAAAUCUUACCCUUUUGCAACUUCAGGGAAAUAAACUUUCUGGCUUCAUUCCUGAAGAACUAGGUCAUCUAAACUAUCUAGCCUUGCUUGAUCUUUUCGAAAAUAGUUUAGAAGGUCUCAUCCCUACUUCUUUAGGAAAUUUGAGAAAUCUUACCCUUCUGUAUCUUUGGGGUAAUAAGCUUUCUGGUUCCAUUCCUGAAGAACUAGGUUGCCUAAAUUCUCUAACCAACCUUUCUCUCUCCCAAAACAGUUUAGAAGGUCCCAUCCCGACUUCUUUAGGAAAUUUGAGAAAUCUUACCCACUUGAAUUUUUUGGGAAAUAAACUUUCUGAUUCCAUUCCUGAAGAACUAGGUCGCCUCAUUUCUCUAACCAACCUAUCCCUUUCCCAAAACUGUUUAGAAGGUCCCAUCCCGACUUCUUUAGGAAAUUUGAGAAAUCUUACCCUUUUGCAACUUCAGGGAAAUAAACUUUCUGGCUUCAUUCCUGAAGAACUAGGUCAUCUAAACUAUCUAGCCUUGCUUGAUCUUUCCGAAAAUAGUUUAGAAGGUCUCAUCCCUACUUCUUUAGGAAAUUUGAGAAAUCUUACCCUUCUGUAUCUUUGGGGUAAUAAGCUUUCUGGUUCCAUUCCUGAAGAACUAGGUUGCCUAAAUUCUCUAACCAACCUUUCUCUCUCCCAAAACAGUUUAGAAGGUCCCAUCCCGACUUCUUUAGGAAAUUUGAGAAAUCUUACCCGUUUGCAACUUCAGAGAAAUAAAUUUUCUGGCUCCAUUCCUGAAGAACUAGGUCACCUAAACUAUCUAGCCUUGCUUGAUCUUUCUGAAAAUAGUUUAGAAGGUCCCAUCCCUACUUCUUUAGGAAAUUUGAGAAAUCUUACCAUUCUGUCUCUUUGGGGUAAUAAUUUUUCUGGUUCCAUUCCUGAAGAACUAGGUUGCCUAAAUUCUCUAACCAGCCUUUCUCUUUCCCAAAACAGUUUAGAAGGUCCCAUCCCGACUUCUUUAGGAAAUUUGAGAAAUCUUUCCCGCCUGUACCUCCAUCAAAAUCAAUUUUCUGGCUCCAUUCCUGAAGAAAUAGGUCACCUAAAUUCUCUAGCCAAACUACAUCUUUCCGAAAACCAUCUUCAAGGUCCGAUUCCAAGUUCAUUUGCUAAUUUGAGCAAUUUACAAAAAUUGUUUGUUCGCAAUAACCAACUUUCUGGUCCCAUCCCACAAGGAAUCGGAGGUUCCAUGAACAUGGCAAAUUUGGAACUUAACGGAAACCAAUUUACCGGCUCCUUGCCCGAAAGUAUUUGUCAUGGUGGUGCACUUCAAUAUCUUUCAAUAUUCGACAACGGUUUUAGAGGUCAAGUUCCGCAAAGCCUAAAAAAUUGCACGAGCUUAAAGAGAGUCUUCUUGAAUGGAAACCAACUCACUGGAGAUAUAUCUCAAGUCUUUGGUGCCUAUCCAAACUUGAUCAUCAUAGAUCUAAGCUACAAUAACUUUUAUGGCAAGAUCUCAAGUAAUUGGGGGCAGUGUCUAAAACUAAGGACUCUAAAAAUGAGCGGGAACAACAUUAGUGGUAGCAUCCCACCCGAGAUUGGAAAUUGGAUUCAACUAUAUGUGCUUGAUUUUUCUUUAAAUCGUAUAGUUGGGGCAAUUCCAAAGGAGCUUGGAAAGUUAACUUCUCUAGAGAAGUUAUGGUUGAAUGGAAAUCAUCUCUCUGGUGCUAUAUCUGUAGAAUUCGAGUCAUUGACCAAUCUCGAAUUUCUAGACAUAUCCUCGAACCAAUUGUGCAAGUCACUUCCACGUAAUUUUGGGAACGGCUUCUCAAAAUUAUUCCACUUGAAUUUAAGCCAUAACAACUUCAGUGAAGAACUUCCUAUCUCACUUAUGAGCUUAUCUCAUCUCUCCAAACUAGAUUUAAGCUAUAACUCUUUAACUGGAGAGAUACCGUCAGAAAGCAGCAAAAUGCAAAGCUUGGAGAUACUCAAUCUCUCUCACAAUCAUCUUUAUGGCAUUAUUCCGAUUACCUUUGAAGAAAUGCACGGCUUGUUGCAUGUUGAUGUAUCCUACAAUAAGUUACACGGCCUCAUUCCCAACAACAAAGCAUUUUUAGAUGCCCCCUUGGAAGCCUUGCAAGGGAACAAGGGAUUGUGUGGUAACGCUAAAUGGUUGCCCCCGUGCAAACAUAUAUCAAAAAAAGGCCACAAAGCCGUGUUCCUAAUCAUUUUCCCUCUUUUGGGAUCACUUUUGAUUUUGUUCGUUUUCUUCCAAGUUCGUCUCACUUUGCAAAGAAGAAAGAAAGAUCAACAUCCCCAAUUAGAACAAAGUGACAAGCAUGAAGGAGGAUCUCUUUUUGUGUCAAGCACUUUUGAUGGAAGAAAAUUGUAUGAAGAGAUCAUUAGAGCAACCGAAUCGUUCAAUGACAUAUAUUGCAUUGGGAAGGGAGGAUAUGGAACAACAUAUCAAGCAAAAUUGUCAUCAGGUGAAAUGGUAGCUGUGAAGAAACUCCACCAAAUACUUGACGAUGAGAAACGAUCACAAAAGGCAUUCUUAAAUGAGAUAAAAGCAUUAACUGAAGUACGACAUCGAAAUAUCGUCAAACUUCAUGGCUUCUGCUCACAUACUUGACAUUCAUUUUUGGUUUACGAAUAUCUGGAAAUGGGUAGUUUGGCGAGAAUCUUAAGGAAUGGUGAAGAUGCUAAAGAAUUGGAGUGGAGUAAGAGGUUGAAUAUCAUCAAAGGUGUGGCGUAUGCCUUGUCUUACAUGCACCAUGAUUGCUCACCACCAAUAAUUCAUCGAGAUAUCAAAAGUAACAACAUCUUGUUGGAUUCUCAAUACGAGGCCCAUGUUUCAGAUUUUGGCACUGCUAAAAUUCUAGAGCUGGAUUCAUCCAAUUGGACUUCCCUUGCAGGCACAUACGGAUAUAUAGCACUAGAACUUGCUUAUACAAUGAAGAUAACCAAGAAAUGUGAUGUAUAUAGCUUUGGUGUGUUGGCAUUAGAAGUGAUAAUGGGAAAGUAUCCAGGUGAUUUCAUCUCCUCAAUCAAGUCAUCCGAUCCAUCAAUUGGGAUGGGU